CGGGACGGCUGGAUAGAGUCUUCUUUUUGAGUGUUUACGUUUGUAUUCUUCUUCUGUUUUUUGCAAGAAAAUUCGUGUUCAAAAACAAAUAUCAAGCAAUCUGUGAUUCAGAUAGCUUGACAAUUCAAAUUUUCUUGAUGAUGUUUUUCAACUCAGUGCUCAAGCAUGCGGAUGACUUUUUCUUUGGUUGAAAUAUUGUUUAGUUUUUCCUCGCAGAUUUUACGGAUACAAAUUACUUGAAAUGGUUGGCAAAUCAAAGAUGAGUCAAAAACAGUUCACUUCUUCAAUUUUUAAUGUGUUUUUUAUAUGAAAGAUUUUUAAUUUUCAUUUGGAUGUGAAAAAUGCAAUACGAUUUAAAUCCGUUUUCUUACUUCAAUCUAAAAAAAUCCUAAAAUGCCUGCAAGUCAUUAAAUGAGAGGGGAGAUUUUUUCUUAGAUCUGCUCCUGUCGUUGUCCCGUUACGCAAAGAAAGUAAAUAAAUCUUUCCCAGUUCCCCAAAGAGGAGCACGUCGAAUUCAACGGCAAAUUUUACUCAACUUUGAAGAAAGUUUACAUUCCAUAGGUCGCACGCAAUAAGGUGUCAGAAUCGAAAGAAAUGGCUGGCAAAAAUUCAAAUUUGUUCUAAUUCAUUCACUUCAAAGAGCAAAAAAGUUUGUUUUUCAAUUUGUGGCACGCCACAUUUUAAUUUCAUGGGAAGCACAGGUUCAAUCUAGAUGACAUUUCUAUGUAACGCGCAAAAAAAAAUAGUUUUAAAUGGGCAAAAGAAUAGUCAGUUCAUGAAAUGUAUUGUUUUUUAAAAUGAAAAUGCUGAUAAGUCAACAUUCGGUGUACGAUAGAAAUAAAUGCUUUUCAAUUGAAAAUAUUUUAAUCAAUCUAUCAAUGCAAUUUACAAUUAUUUCUGAAAUUGAUUUAAUUUUUUUUUCAACUCAAAUUACAAUACUUCUCAUUUUCUCCUCAUAAGAAAGGACUGGUUUAGGUUGACAGAAGCGGCCAUGUUGAAAGUGGUUUAGUUUGACAAUAGGUUUUUUUCUCUUUGUUUAUCCCAUCCCAGGAUUUACUGAAUGCGGAUGGGUAUUUUUUUUAGUGCAAAGCUCAAACAGAUCCCACAAGGCGAUGUUGUCGGAAGUUGGUAGCAGUUUUAUUUUGAAAUUUUGCUGAUUUGCAUGGUUCCAACUGCUUGAUCCUGUUGGCCAGUUGAUGGUACCAGGUUAAACUUAUAGAGCUGUUUGAGAGUUCCAGCUCGUUUGAUUACUAGACACGACUGAGCGUGACAUUGUCGCAGCUGUGUACGUUUUACAAUUGGGCAUUUCAAUGACAUGUUUCAGACUGGUCUAAUCAACUGAGGAAGAUAAGCCGGCCAACGUUGUUAGCUCGAAUGGCUUUAGUCGAGUGAAAACAUCUGUCGCGAUCGGUUCCAUUUUAUGUCGAAAUGAUCAUCUUAGUUCUACUUGUUCCAAUUCUGGUGCUAUCAGCCAUACAUCGUGGCGAGUCAUACGAAUGUAACGUCCGGAAAGUAAACUCCUCUCAGGAGAUCUCCAGCGAAAACGGUGCCACUUAUCCCGGCCAGUGGCCGUGGCACGCGGCCAUCUAUCAGCGCAGGCCCCGCUCAACAUUCGUGUUCGUCUGCGGUGGGACACUUGUUAGUGCAAAGUUUGUUCUGACCGCUGGUCUGUGCAUUUUGGACGGGGAUGGAAAUCUACCAGAGAGCACAAACCUGUUCAUCCGAUUGGGAGUCUUCAAUUUGAACGCGCCAAGCCUGAACACCGGCCAGCAUCGCUGGGUCAGCCGGAUUCAUCAAGUGUACCGCAAGCAUGCGGACGGUCGGUUCCUGGUAACACUGCUGGAGUUAAGCUCCAGGGUGGUGUUCACUGACUACGUCCAACCCGCGUGCAUCUACCAGUUGGAGGGCAUCGAUAAUCGAAUGACAUUCACGUGGCCUUUUGGAACGACCGUCGGAUGGGGUCAAACCUGGGAUGACCGUGAAGCUGUGUUGAAGAGCUCCACACUGAGAAUUCCACUAUUGUUGGAUUGUUUCGAUCAUGAUCGUGUGUUUAGAGGGAAUUCAUUGUUUUGCGCUGGAUCUGCCAACGGGACCGACCUUUGCCAGAAAGACAGUGGGAACGGAUUGUACGUGGAGUUACGAGGAGUUUGGCACGUUGCCGCUGUUGUGUCCUUCACGCCACAAUCGACCAAUAAUCACUGUCGAACGGACAGCUUCGUAGGGCUAACGAUCUUGUACGACUCCAUGAUGUGGAUCAGUAGUGUUACAAAAUUGCCGUAUUUGAUAGAAGAAAUCAUCGUGAAAGACGGACGCGAGUUUGACCCAACCAAAAGCUAUCGGAACUUGCUGCCUCGGCACUGUGGAAGUUUCCUCCAGAACCGAAUCACCAAUGGGAAAACGGCACCUUUGUUUGCGUAUCCGUGGAUGGCGUUCUUGGCGAAUCGAUUGAAGGACGUCGAUAAGGUCAAAUUUAUCUGCGCCGGUUCGCUCAUCAACAAGCGUUACGUGCUAACGGCGCGAAGGUGCACCUCGUUCAACGACCUACCUGAAUUUGUGCGACUGGGAGAUCACACCAUUGGCCAGGACGUGGAUUGCAACGUAAACGACGAAUCCGAUUGUGCUCCUCCGUUUCGGGAUUACUACGUUAAAUUCAUUGUACACAAUAAGGAUGAUAGCAAUAUUUGUUACAGAAACAAUAUUGCCUUGAUAAGACUCAAAACCGAUGUUAUCUACGAAGAACACAUUCAACCCAUCUGUCUGCCGGUGACCCCGGAACUUCGACGGCAAAAGCUCGACCAGUACGUCAUCACCGGCUGGGGUGGGUACAACUACUUGUUUGCUUUUCACAAGUCCCGUACGCUGCAGGUGGCCACCAUCGGGGCUGCCGCGUGGCGGAAUCCUGCCACGGGAAGAAGAUGGAGUGAUCCGUCACCGAGCGCCGUCCACACCUGCGUCGGAGACGACGGCGGCCCGCUCGGCUAUCCGGUUGCGCUCCGCGGCACGGUCCGGUUCGUGCAGUUUGGCGUGAUCGCGUACGGACUUCCGGGCUGCUCCGGGGGACCGUCGGUGUACGUCAAUGUGUCACGGCAGAUGGACUGGAUUGUUGCCAACAUGGAGGAGUGACGGAAGCUUGUAAAAUU